AUGGUGUUCCACUCGAUACCUGCACUGCCGCUAUUGACCUGUGAGUGUGAGGUUACGGUGUUCCACUCGCUACCUGCGCUGCCGAUAUCGACCUGUGAAUGUGAGAUUAUGGUGUUCCACUCGCUACCUGAACUGCUACUAUUGACCUGUGAAUGUGAGGUUACGGUGUUCCACUCACUACCUGCACUGCCACUAUUGACCUGUGAAUAUGAGUUUACGGUGUUCCACUCGCUACCUGCACUGCCGAUAUCGACCUGUGAAUGUGAGAUUAUGGUGUUCCACUCGAUACCUGCACUGCCGCUAUUGACCUGUGAGUGUGAGGUUACGGUGUUCCGCUCGCUACCUGCGCUGCCGUUAUCGACUCGUGAAUGUGAGGUUACGGUGUUCCACUCGCUACCUGCACUGCCACUAUUGAUCCGUGAAUGUGAGGUUACAGUGUUCCACUCGCUAACUGCACUGCCGCAUCGACCUGUGAAUGUGUUCCACUCGCUACCUGCAUUGCCACUAUCGACCUGUGAAUGUGAGUUUACGGUGUUCCACUCGCUACCUACACUGCCGCUAUCGACCCGUAAAUGUAAGGUAACGGUGUUACACUCGCUACCUGCACUGCCGUUAACGACCUGUGAAUGUGAGGUUACGGUGUUCCACUCGCUACCUGCACUGCCGUUAUCGACCCGUGAAUGUGAGGUCACGGUGUUCCACUCGCUACCUGCACUGCCACUAUUGACUUGUGAAGGUGAGGUUACGGUGUUCCACUCGCUACCUGCACUGCCACUAAUGACCCGUGAAUGUGAGGUUACAGUGUUCCACUCGCUACCUUCACUGUCACUAUCGACCUGUGAAUGUGAGGUUACGGUGUUCCACUCGCUACCUGCUCUGCCACUAUUGACCCGUGAAUGUGAGGUUACGGUGUUCCAAUUGCUACCUGCACUGCCGUUAUCGACCUGUGAAUGUGAGGUUAAGGUGUUCCACUCGCUACCUGCACUGCCACUAUCGACCUGUGAAGGUGGGGUUACGGUGUUUCACUCGAUACCUGCACUGCCGCUAUCGACCUGUGAGUGUGAGUUUAUGGUGUUCCAUUUGCUACCUGCACUGCCGUUAUCGACCCGUGAAUGUGAGGUUACGGAGUUCCACUCGCUACCUGUACUGCCACUUUUGACCUGUGAAUGUGAGGUUAAGGUGUUCCACUCGCUACCUGCACUGCCACUAUCGACCUGUGAAGGUGGGGUUACGGUGUUUCACUCGAUACCUGCACUGCCGCUAUCGACCUGUGAGUGUGAGGUUACGGUGUUCCACUCGCUACCUGCACUGCUGUUAUCGACCCGUGAAUGUGAGGUUACGGUGUUCCACUCGCUACCUGUACUGCCACUUUUGACCUGUGAAGGUGAGGUUACGGUGUUCCACUCGCUAACUGCACUGCCGCAUCGACCUGUGAAUAUGAGUUUACGGUGUUCCACUCGCUACCUGCACUGCCGAUAUCGACCUGUGAAUGUGAGAUUAUGGUGUUCCACUCGCUACCUGAACUGCUACUAUUGA